ACCUAAAAAUAGUCAUUCUAUUCAUUUCCUUCAAUUUCAUCCACAAUGAACAGAUACAACUUUUUUGUUGUUGCAGCGGUAUUAGGCAUGGCAAUUUGUGUGCAUCCAUGUUGUUUGAGACCUGCUUUGGCGGACCCUAAUGCACAACUUCUUGCAAAACUUGCUAAUUUGUUGCCACCACCUGCACCACCUGCAUACCCUCCACCUUGUAUCCCUGGUUUACCCAACCCUUGUGCACCUGCUGCACCAGUGUCCAUUUCACUGUCUCCUACACUGGGAUUGUUGAGUAAAAUGAAGGCUAGAAUGUGUGCAAAGUUAUGCGGAGGCUCGAACAGCUUACUCUCAAACCCUCUACUUUUGCAACAAUUGCAAAUGGCUGGUGCCGGAUGUCUGUAAUUUGAUAUAAAUAUACCUACAUUUUAUAUGUAAA